UCGCACUGUACAGUCACGUGAGUGGCGUUUGACGUUAUGGAGCUCCUUUAAUAUCAAACUGUUAUUAUCUAAUUAUAUUUUUAUACAACAAAAGCGAUGGACAGCGAGGGAUUUUUAACAAUUUCUGAUCUCCGAUGAUAUGUCAGAGUCAUGCUCAGUGUUGGCCAAUCAGGUCAAUAACAUCAGUUUUGUUUUCAACGGAAGAAAGAAAGUCAGACGGGCUGGUAACAACAUGUGACUAAACCCCUGCGUUAUGUCUGUGGAUGGCCCCCGGACCUCUGUCUUCACCUUUCAGUCUGCUGUACACAGCCAUCAUGUUCUUUGCUCACUGGAAGAGCUGAGGCAGAAUCAGAUCUUGUGUGACGUGACGGUGGAAGUGGAGAGCAGAAGCUUUCGAGCACACGCUUCUGUGCUGGCUUCCUGCUGUGACUAUUUUUACACCAGACUCACAAACCAAAGCAGACCAAACCACACUGUCAGCUUACCAGAUGAGGUCACCGUGGAAGGAUUUGAGCCCCUGCUGCAGUUUGCCUACACUGCAAAGCUUCACUUCACUAAAGAAAAUAUCCUGGAGAUCCACAGAUGUGCUGAAUUCCUGGGAUUUCACAAUCUUGAUAAAGCCUGCUUUGAGUUCCUUGUCCCCAAGCUGGCUGAUAGUAGUAAAACCCCACAAAAAGUCAAAAGCAAAGGCAAUAGUCAAGGUUCCUGUGAGAAAUCCCAACCUGCCUGUGGAAACCACAGUCCUAUCAAUGACCACAACCCUGAAAAUGGAAAAGAUGAUGCAACUCAUUUGGCAGAAUCUGUUGCACAAACCUCAUGUGCAACACCAUCUACAGAAUGUCCAAAAGACUGUCCUUCUAUCUCAAAUGACAAAAGAAUACAGUUAGAUAUACCCACUCAGUGCGCAAAAAACACUUCAUACCAUGUUGGUGUUGGUCAAGAACAGUUUUGCCUCGAGAACUGUGGCCCACAUUUGCCUUCAUCUUCUGUGGCAGCCAAUGAAGUUUGUCCAUUCCUGUCCCUUUCAAGCACCAGUGGCAAUGAAAAACUGCAUUCUGCUAGAGUUGGCUGUGGCAGAGACAUUUUAACAAUGGAUGAAGAAUUUCAGAAAGAGCUUACAGCGGAUGUCCAUUGUGUUUCUACUGAAACAUCUUCUGACAAAGACCUGAACAUGAAUAUCACUCAGGGACACUUUGACCAAUAUGAAAGUUCUCUAAUUCUGCCGAAUGACUGUCACCAUCCAUGUUCUCUGAGUUCAACAGAAUCCAGCAUGGUUUUGGACAGCAUUGAUAGCGCUGGAAACCUAAACAACAUUGGAGCCAACAACAACCAAGUCUUUGAUCCCAGCGAACAAACAUUCCCCGAUCUGGCCCCUAAAGAUGUCUCCACUGAACGGAGCACAGUGGAAAGGGAAGUGGCUGAGCAUCUCACAAAGGGCUUUUGGCCCGAUUUGUCUUCCACAUUAACCGAGCCGCUACCUCUGGACUCUGUUGACCAGACAUCUGCAGGAAAUAGCUCAGACUUCCACUGGUUGAAGCAUCUGGAUCUGGGUGCUGCAUCUGAUGAUUGUCCCUUUCUGAGGGACCUGAGCUCCAAUGAGCGACAGAUUUCUAGAGGGGACAACCUAUCCAAAGAGGACAUGAGCGACAGUCCCUGCAUGUCCCCCAUUAACUCAAUGGAGAACUCGGAGUGUGAAUCAGAUGGAGACAGUGAGCAAUGUGGUAGCAAUGAACAGGUGCAGGAGGUGGAUUUACCGUUCCCUGUGGAACAAAUUUCUAGCAUAAGCAGGAGAGCAUUCCUGCAGAUGUUGAAAGAGCAGCGACUGACCCCAGAACAGCUGGAAUUUGUUCAGGAUGUGAGACGACGCUGUAAGAACCGUGUGGCUGCACAGCGCUGCCGCAAAAGGAAGUUAGACUGUAUCUAUAGGCUGGAGGGAGAUAUCAAAAGACUGAGGAGCGAAAAGGAAAAGUUACUGCAAGAUCGUAACCAGCUCAAGCUCAGCAUGGAGGAGAUGCAUCAGAACCUCUCAGGCCUGUGUCAGAGCCUCCCCAAGGACACCUCUCCACAGUCUGAGCAGCUGCAAGUGCUGGCCAGGUACGUCUCCUCCGACUGUCCCACUUCUGUCCUACUCUCCCCCAUUGCCUCCCCAAACCUGGCUGGCCCAGACCGGGAAACCCAUGCAGACACUGGCCUGGAGGUCUUUAUUGCAGAGGAAGUUCUGGACACUUGUCCUCAAGAAGAUAAUGAAGCACUCAGGUCUUCCACUGCCUUGCAAGACAACAUGCAAAGCACUGUUACAGAUCCGGAUCCAUGUUUCAGUAUGAAGUAAAGCACUUUGUGACAGGUCUGAUAUUUAAUUUUUACUCAGGAGUUUACCUUUCAACUACAAUCAGUUACAAUUUUAACCAUGUAAUUUUUAUAAGACAUAUAUGGGUAUGAUUAUGACUGUUUUGCACUUUUACCAGGAGUUUCUUAUGAAAAUGCUUGGCCUUUCAUCCCUUGUUUACUGUUAUGCUGUGGAUUCAUAAUGGCUACGUUCAUGCAGUCAGUGUUUACUAACAGGUGUGAAUCUCAAAUUGUUCUGGAACAGCUUACAUGCGCUUAUCGAAUACUCUCUGUACAAACCAAAUAACCAAAAUCAAGCCCAUUAUUUAUUCUCACUAUAAGCUGUGAAUAACACCUGUUACCAUAGUGACAGUUAGUAAAGUAUCUAUCAAAGAUGGUGACUUCAAUAAAUUCAGAAAGUCUUUUAACAAUUGACACAAUGUUAUUUAAUGAACCAUUCCAACCAAUGGACAAGUUGAUGCGUCAAAUCUAAAUUGACUGACAAUGGCUUUGAAUUAAGCCUGGGUGAUAUGACUACAAAAUUAUAUCUUGAUAUUUUUCAGCCUACUAACAAUAUUCAACAUAUACUGUAUCUUGAUAAUGAUGCAUUUGCUUUGAAAUGGCUUGAAAUUUAUUUACAUACCUUCCAAACAGCUAUUGUAGCCAAGUAGAUUCAAAAUGUAGAAUGCAUAAAGUAAAACUCUAGUUAAAAAUAAUGAAGGCAUGUUUUCCACAGUUUUAAACUAAAAGGACACAAGGAAGAAUGAUAUUUAAUCGUUUUCAUUUCUAUGCAUCCGUAUACAACAAUACAUAGCUAUAAAAAGCAUUAUUUACCUACAUAUAUUUUACAAUGUUUCUUUCUGAUACCAGUUUGCAUUUUUAGAUUUGUGUAAUAAAGUGUAGCAGUUACAAAUGUUUGGAGUUGCAUGAAUAUGUGAACUUUUAGCACUGCAGCACUUUGCUUUAACCGAGAACGCAGAAAACAGCGUAUCAUGAGCUCCGCGCGUGCGCACAGAACAGCGCCUCUCCCGUUCACUCUGAAGCGCACACAGACUAUGCAUUAAUUUGAUCAAAUCUCAGCCUUUUGUGGUUUAAUAAUCACAUAUGACCAUUUUGAUAAGUUUAAUUGGUUAUUUUGAUUAAUUGUGCAGCCCUGAAGGACUGUGAAAUCAAUCUAAUGACAUGCUUUUUAGGAAAUGUAGUGGCCAAAUAAAAAGCACAUUUAAAUCAUUGCAAUAUCCACGAUAUUGCUAAUUUCAUCAAAAUAAUUUCGAUUGUAUUGUGAAUAUUCAAUAUAUUAGCCAGUCGUACUGCUUUUAUAAUUCUUAACUGAGUGCAGAAUUUGGGUCAUGCCCAGACCCCAAAACAUUUGGAAGACAGCAACUGGAACUAAAUCCUUUGAAUGACACACAGCUUAUAUAUCAGUUAUCAAAACCCAAUAUGAAAAAAAUUCAACCCACUAGCCAAAUUCAGAAUUUGGUUGUGAGCCCUGAAAUUUUUAAGGGAGGUACUCUGUUAUCAUUUCCAUUCAUAACCAAACUAUGUGUGAACAUACAGUAACUUUAUUUAGCACUCUAAAACAGGACUAAUAACCGUAUUCUGCUGGUGUGUGAACAUUGUCAAUAUGAAAUCCACAGAAUUUUGCAUUAUUCUAGUAUUAUUCAUUUCGCUUACACUGCCGCAGUGGACAAUCAUUGUAAUUCCCUUGAUUAUGAUUUUAUUAUGUCAUAUAUAGCAUAUAAACAAGUACAUUCCAGUGUGUAGCCCAGUGGUUCCCAACCCUGUUCCUGCAGGCCCCACAACACUACACGUUUUGGAUCUCCCUAAUCAAACACACCUGAUUCAACUCAUCCGCUCGUUAGAAGAGACUCCCAAGACCUGAAUUGGGUCUGUCAGAAAAGAGAGAUAUACAAAAUGUGCAGUGUUGGGGGGCCUCCAGGAUUGGGAACCACUGGUGAAGCCUAAUCCGUCUUUGGCAUUACUGGCAUGAAAAUUGUAUAUUGAAUAUGCAUCUCUUUUUAAAGUAUUCAUACUGUAUAUGCAUAUGACUUUUGUCAUUCCUACACUUUUAAAUGCAUGCACAUUUACAUGCAUACUAUAUAGGGUUUGUCUAAAUAUACAUGGAAGACGUAAUCAUAUUCUCAAUAGUAAGAAUAAUGAACUGUCAGUGUCUCACAUUAAAGGGUUAGUUCACCCAAAAAACGAAAAUUCUCUCAUGAUUUACUUAUUGUGUGCAUUGUUUCAAAGAAAAAUAAAAUUGUACUCAUAAACUUUCAUCCACAUGCUCCACCUCUUAAACAACUUUCCAUCACCUAGGCUUUUGGGUAAUGUUAACCAGUAGCCAAAUAGCUGUUAAGGCACUGUUACAUCAAAUUUGCAUUCAGGUCUCCAUUCUGGAUCCAAUCAGUUUCCAAUGGAUAAUAUAAAGUCUCAGCCUACAUUUUUUUUUCUCUGAGAAUAUUCUGUUUUACUUAGAAAUAAGUCACAUAAUGGAAGUAAAAUUGGUUGUGAAUGGUGAUUCAAGUUGACUUUGAAUGCAAAAUCACUUUAAUACAUUUCUUAGUCCAAAGAUCUAACCUUGUUGUUGUUACUGUUUUCUGUGUCAUUGUUACUUUAUUGAAAUGUACUAUUUUUACUUUUAUGUGACUUUGUUAUAACCCUGUAACCAAAGUAUUGUAAUGUAAGCCUAGAAUGCACUGUAUAAUUCACUUAAUUGAUUCAGAUGUAGCGAAUAAUUGCAAAUAAAAGAAGCCAGUAAUAAAAUGUUUUCACUAAAUGUGUAAACACAUGAAUAGCAAUUAAUUAGUCCUUGCUGUUUCAUAACUUUUGUUUAGCAAUUCAAAGUGCAGUACUCAUUAGUUUGUUCUCUAAUAAUGCAAGCACAAAUACUGCUCAAAAUAAA